AUGAGGGCAAAAACAAUAUGGCUUAGUCUUGCGGCCUUCGCGGCACUGACAGCUGCUCACGAGCAUGAUGAUCAUGUUACUUCCCAAGAGCCAUUCAUCGGCUGGACUCAGGAAGACCUAGAUGCUAAAUGGGGUACUGAUUGGGGCUUCUCCGGUAUAUCAACAUUCGCCCAUCUCCCUCACGUCCGUUGCCUCCAGCACCCGGAGGAAGAAUACGACAUUGCCAUCCUCGGAGCACCCUUCGAUACUGCCGUGACAUACAGGCCGGGAGCUCGCUUCGGCCCACGGGCCAUUCGGGCAGCAUCAGCACGACAAACGAGUUUCCGAGGCUACAACCCUCGAGCGAGCAUCAACCCGUACCUAGAAUGGGCCAAGGUCAUCGACUGCGGCGACAUUCCAAUCACCCCUUUCGAUAACGCCCUAGCUCUCCGUCAAAUGAGCGAGGCCUACACGAAUCUCGCUCACAGCACCGCCCCAGCGUCAAACAGAGAUUCGUCAAUCGCUUACCGCCGCACGCCCAAGCUGCUGUCUUUGGGCGGGGACCAUUCGAUUGCCCUUCCAACCCUUCGCGCUCUCAACAGCAUAUACGGCAAUGUCGCUGUGGUGCACUUCGACGCCCACCUCGAUACCUGGCAUCCAGCGAAAUAUCCUUCCGCUUGGAUUGAUCCAGAAGACCCCGCCCAGCAAUCCUUCUUCACGCAUGGCACUAUGUUCUGGCUGGCCCACAACGAGUCUCUGAUCAUGAAGUCCAAAUCAGUACAUGCUGGCUUGCGCACACGUCUCAGCGGCAUAGGAGACAACGAAGACGACGACACUCAAGGUUGGAUCCGGUACUCCGCGGACGACAUGGAUGACAUUGGCUUCGCCGGCAUGGCUCGUCAGAUCGUCGAGCAUGUCGGCACCGAAACACCAGUGUAUCUAAGCAUUGACAUCGACGUGAUUGACCCAGGCAUGGCACCCGGGACGGGGACACCGGAGCCUGGCGGCUGGACGACGAGAGAGCUAAUCCGAGUGCUGAGAGGCAUCGAGACUUUGAAUGUUGUGGGUGCAGAUAUCGUCGAAGUCUCACCGAGCUACGACGGAACAGGUGAAGUCACAGCGUUGGCAGCAGCUCAGGUUGGCUUUGAGGUCCUCAGCAGCAUGGUCAAAAGAGGAGUGGGGGACAGCGGGAAGGGGAAAGAGAAGAGCGGCGGUUCGAAAGAUGAGCUGUAA